AUGACUAAGGAAAGAAGGGAAAAACUAUUGCUGAAGGAAACUAAGAAGGAAUGCCUGAAGGACUUGGCAAAGCUGAGGGCCUCCAACCCCGACCCCCCCAUGGUCACGCAGCUGGACCUUCAGGUCGAGGCGGAGGAAGGGUGCGGGCGGCCCGCCUGUCUUGUUAGGGACGAAAUAUUGGAGGACCUCCGCGCAGAGCUGGAGUGUGUGAAGAGGGAAUUGGCGGAGCUGCGUGGCGCCGGGGAAGAGGCGGGACCCUCAACUCGCCAGAGGAGGAGGCGGGCGCCUCCCAAAUCCCAAACGGUCAUUACUGAGUCAUCUGAUGAGGAAGUUGUGGUGGAGACGGGGUCACAAGGACCGCUCCGCAUUGAGGACGAGGAGGACGAGGAGGACGAGGGGGAAGAGGAGGACCCGUCCAUCCCUCAUUCUGCACAAUUGGAGAAGAUCCAGGAAGAGGAGGAGGAGGAGGAUGAUGAUAAAGAAAUGCAGGAUUUAUCGCACCAGGACCUGGAGGACAUUAGACAAAACAUCUCCCUCAUCGCAGGAGACAAAAGUAUAAAGUUCGGCCAGAAGGGCAGCCGCAUCUCCAGCCAGCACAUCAGGAUCCUCCACCACGAAGUGGCCAAACUGGCCCGGGACUUUAGCCGGCGUGUGACAGCGCACCAGCAGGCCGUCAAGGCCAAAAAGCUGGACCGGCUGAUUUCCCGGGAGGACCUGACGCGCUGCAUUAAGGCGUGCAGGGAUGUCAUCCCCACCCUCCUGGAUGAGGUGGAGGCUGCGCCCAUCGAGGACUGUUUGAGCCGCUUCCGUUUCUUCGGGCACCUGGCGGCCUACCUGGCCUCCAUUUAUGGCCACAGGUCAUGUGUUUACACAAACCUGCUGGCCAGGGAGGUGAGCAAUCACAAAACCACGCAUAAAUAUGGCAUGGCCCAGAUAUACCUCACCCCAGAGGAAUAUGGUUGGUGCACCCGGUGGCUGGGCCUGCUCAACCGGGGGGUGCCGUCCAACCGCUUCUUUUUUUCGAACAACGGCAAGGGGGUCAUGAAAGACCUUAAAAGGUACAUGAUCCGGGCGUGGCAGGAGAUCGGGCUCAAGGGUGAGCCCGAUUUCCUUGACAUCCGGACGGCGGUGUCAACCUUCAACUUCGAGCAAAAUUGCGACAGGGCGACCCGGGAAUCUGUGGCGCAAUUUAUGUGCCACAGUCUGGACACCCAGGAGCGAUUUUACGCACUUUACAAAACCGUGCACAAGGCGAAGGAGAUGCGGCAGUGCUUUAUUGCACUGAGCUGUGGGGAGAAGGCAUGUCUUGUGCCUUCUGAACCGCUGAACUUCCCUGGACCGUCGACCUCCGCCGAGAAUCGUCCCGGACCGUCGACCUCCUUCUCUGGCGGCUCUCGAGCAGCAGCGCUGACCCCAGUGCGCCGGCGGCUACUUGCGGCAGGUGAAGGCGCCAAAAGAACACGCUCCCCGAGCUAUAUCCAGAGAAGUGUUAAGAGGAUUAAAAGUAAAUACUCCCCGGUCAAAAGCCCAAGGGUGGUCUUGAUGGACAUACAAAAGAAAAGAAAGACCCGACAAACCCAAAAGGAUUGA